AUGUGUUCCCAACGUGUUGUGAUUUUCCUUCCUUCACUCUCGACUACAAGCACCAUGCAAUACACCCCAGAUAAAGUUCAGUAUUCGAAGUACAGCCAGAUCCAAGUUUACAGCGACCCACAACCGAUGUUGAUGAAGGGUCAGGUGCAUAUUUCGAUUGUUCGGAUUUUCUGGAAAUCUUCAAGGAGUGAGGAUUGGCAAUGGAGAAAGCAUUUUGCUACUAUUAGUAUUGAUGGAAGAUCAAGAAAAAGCCUUGAUCACACUCUGGCGUCUGAAUGGAAUGAGAAAGUGACCUUUGGCCCUGGCACAUUGAACAUUGGCAUAUAUGCAAAGCAUGCAAUUUUGCAGAACAUGAAGAUAGGAUCAUUCGAAGAGGAUCUUGAAACAUUGGUAUCACAAUCUCUAAACAAGAAAGUCCUUUCUCGACCAUUACGGGGAUGCUCAGGAUCCGAAUCUGGUCUUGUUAUCAAUUUCAAUGUCGAGUGUGAGAUUGGUCAAGAUUGUACAGCUUUGAGUGCUUUGGUCCAAAGAGCCAAAAUACAAGCAUCUCGACUUUCUCAAUUACAAAUGGUGCCAAAUAGUUUGAUGGAUGUGAUGGCAUGUACCAAUGGCAACAUUGAUGAUAUGGGUAGCCUCAAGAGUACAUGGGGUCCUUUGCUUGAGAAGCUCCAGAUAUUUAAAAACUUGGCAGGAACUAUUGCAAAAGUUCAUCCAUAUGCCAAAGUUGCGUAUGAUGUAAUUUUUGUCGCAUCUGAGAUCGUUCUGAAACAGAUGGAGCGUGAUAAUAACAUAAUCAGCCUUGCAGAGGCUAUGGAUGAUGCCUGGGCCUUUGUGAAGGAAGCUGAGCCACUUUCUCAGAUGAAUUCACGUACAAAUAUCAUAAAUCAUCUAGCUCAACAGACAACUGAUUGUGGAUAUUUCAUUUCUGCAUACUGUGGCAAUAAAUCUUGGGUACGACGUGCCUUGAAGCACUGUUAUAUUCCGACAGAUCAAGCCAUAGUUCAGUAUGGACAGAAAUUCAUUGAGCUCAAAGCUGCUUUACUGGGACAUAGUGCUAUCAGCACUGAGAUGAUGGUGUCACGUAUUCUGAGAAACAUGGUCCAACUUAAAGAGCAAAUGGUUCUUGAAAACUUUCCUUAUGCCGCUGGUGCUUGUUUUCAGACUGAAAAAUGCUGCCAUUUUUCUACUCGCCAGGAGAUCAUGAGCAAAAUAAUCGGCUGGAUUGAUAACCCGGAACCUAAUCCGGGAAAUAUCUUUCUGCUCACCGGUGCUGCUGGUACUGAAAAAUCUGGUGUUGCACAUGCGAUUUCAAAACAUUACCAUCACCUAGACCACCUAGGCUCCUCAAUAUUCUCUAGUGUACCAGAUGAAACAGUCGAAAAGACCACGAUACCCUUUCAUCUAAUAUUUCCAACGAUUGCUCGAGAUAUUGCUGAUCUUGAUCCCAAAUUUCGGCAUGCAUUAUAUGCAGCCGCAAGUUCAAUGGCAGUUCGUACAAGCCGUAGUCCUAUGGAUCAGUUUACCAGCUUCAUUCUCACUCCAAGCCAAUACUUGGCCAUCUUGGGGCCAAUUGUGGUUGUUCUCGAUGGAAUUGACCAGAUGCCGGAGUCUUCAACACGUGGAAACUUUUUGUCAGUCCUAACCCAACGAGCCCAAGACCUUCCAUCGAAUUUUCGCAUCCUGGUCACCUCCAGACCAGACUCACCUAUCAUGCAUCAUUUUUCAUCUGUGAAAGCUCUCACUGUCAAAAUAGAGGACUUUGAUCAGCAGUAUACCAAUUAUCGUCUAUUACAAUUUGCCAGAUCACAGCUACAUGCCAGAGGUCUCAAUAUAAAACAGGAGCAACAGCUCCAUCUCCGAUUGGUACAAAAAUCAGAAGGGUCCUUUCAAUGUAUGGCCAAAGCCUGCAGUGAAUUGUGUGGAAUGAAUGUAGAACUGGAUAGCCAGGCACUCUCAUUGCACUUGCCAGGAAGGGAACAACACAUGCCACUUGUUCCUCCUGAAGACUCUUUGUACCAGCAGGAGAUAAACUACCUGCAAAGAACCGGAGGAAAGACAAUCACAGAAGGAAUUGAUUUCCUAAAGGGCAACCUUCGAAACAGCUCUAUUUCUAUGACUCUGAAAGAGAUCAUAGACUUUCGAAAGCUAGCCAAUGAAGAAUUUCAGGGGAACUCGCAUGAGAACACCCUUGGGAUCAUAAACACUCUUUUCCUCAACCCCAGUGAUGACUACUUUGAGAGGUUCCUCUGUAACAAGGCGCGCAGUGGAGAGCUAGACAUGACUGGUUCAAAUUAUCACGUUGCAUUUGCAAAAGCUUGCUUAAGGUUAUUGAAGAUGGGCUCAAAGAGCUAUAUCAUGCCUGUCAUGCCUCGCCCCAAAUUCCAUAUCCCAUAA